UUUGGCUUCAGGGAAAACCAGACGAUUCCAUUCAGAAAUCCACAGUCAAGCUUUGUGUGAGAAGAGCAUAGACGACAACCCUGAAAGAACGUUUGCAACAGCGUGGAGUGAAACAGAACUUAUUUUCAACAUUGCAAAGGAAUUAAAUCUUCGCAAAUAAAGAACAGACAGACGAACGAGCGUCUCCUGCUGCUACCGUCAGCCCCUCCUCCCCCUCCACCCCUCCAACACCAACUUCAGUCCCGAGGGCGUGAAGAUAUUCAGGCAACAUGGAUGGAUUUUAUGACCAGCAAGUCCCUUUCAUGGCCCCCUCCAGGCAGAAUUGUCACGUGGAAGAACCAGCGAACACGCCAUUUAACGACCGGAAGAGAAAGUUUGUUGACACUGAGCUCGCCCAGGACACAGAAGAUCUCUUUCAGGACCUCAUGCAACUUCAAGAGACAUGGAUUGCAGAAGCUCAGGUGCCUGAUGACGAACAGUUUGUCCCAGAUUUCCAGUCGGAUAACCUAAUGUUCCAUGGACCUCCAGCCAAUAAAGUGAAGCGAGAGUCCAGCGCCUCCAGAGAUCUGUCCCCCUGCAGUCAGGAACAACAGAGACUCUACACAGACAAGUGCCUUUACAGCUACAGUGCCUACAACAGGAAGCCACUUGGCAUCAAUACUUUAACCCCACCCUCCACACCCGCCUCACCCUGCAGCCCUGCCCCCACCCCGGGGACACACCCCCUACAGAGGCAGAUCACGUCCCCUGCCCAGGCAACGCACCCCGGCCACAGUCGUCCGUCUCACGGGCACAGCCCCUCCCACCACCGGACACUCCCGCCACACCCGAGCCAAAGCCAGCCUUUCGCCGUGCCCCGCCUACCUGUCAAUCACUCCGAUGCCUCCUACAGCUCAGAACACAGGUUCCAGCGGCAGCUCUCUGAGCCAUGUCUGCCUUUCCCUCCGCCUGACAGUGCCGCCUGUACCCCUUACCCCCCUCAGCCCAAUCACCCCCACCGGGCCCCCCUGUCCCGGGACGGCCGCCCCAUCUACCAGCGGCACCUGUCAGAGCCCUUGGUCCUCCUCCCUGCUCAGGGCUUCAAGCAGGAGCUGGUGGACCUCCGUUACACCGAGCAGGGGGUCCCUACCAUGGGCCCUCCCCGCACCCCGUUCCAGGGCCUCUCUAUAAAGCAGGAGCCCCGGGAUUUCUGCUUUGACCAAGAAAUGCAGAACUGCCAGUCUUCUUUCAGGAAGUCCGGUAACUUCUACCAAAACAAUGAUGGGUUGAUCUACGACGGAGAGCCUCAUCUGUACAACGACGACACAUGCGUGGUUCCAGAGAGACUAGAAGGCAAGAUCAAGCAGGAGGCCGGAGUGUUCCGUGACGGACCGCCCUACCAGCGCCGAGGUUCCCUGCAGCUCUGGCAAUUCCUGGUCACUCUGCUGGACGACCCGGCCAAUGGUCACUUCAUCUCCUGGACCGGCCGCGGCAUGGAGUUCAAACUCAUCGAGCCCGAAGAGGUGGCUCGGCGCUGGGGCCUCCAGAAGAACCGGCCUGCCAUGAACUACGACAAGCUGAGCCGCUCUCUACGCUACUACUACGAGAAGGGCAUCAUGCAGAAGGUAAAGGUGGCUGGAGAGAGGUACGUGUACAAGUUUACGUGUGACCCCGAGGCGCUCUUCUCCAUGGCCUUCCCUGACAACCAGAGGCCCAGCCUGAAGCAGGACCCGGACUGCCUGCCGCCGUCUGCGGGGGAGGACGACACCACCGUGCCCCUGGCCCACUACGAGGAUGGCUGUGGCCCUUACCUGGCUGACGGAGGGGAGCGGUGCGUCUCGUUACUGGGCUUCCCCGAUAACUAUUCAUUCUGAAUGUUCUGACCAAUGACAGAAUAAAGACCGCUGUCAUCUGGUACCCUGCCACACUCCCUACCCUACCCCAAACUCUGGUACCCUAGCUACACACCACUACCCUACCCCUUGUCCCCUAACUGUACACUCCUACCCUACCCCACAUCCCAUAACUACACACCACUACCCUACCCCACAUCCCAUAACUACACACCCAGAGCCCAAACCCUAGUCCCAUAACUACACACCCAGAGCCCAAACCCUAGUCCCCUAACUACACACCCAGAGCCCAAACCCUAGUCCCCUAACUACACACCCAGAGCCCAAACUGCUGAGCGGAUUUGGAGCUCUGUAACCCCCCUCCCCUACUCCUAUCCCAAACUCAGCUCCUCUUGCCAGUCUUGAGAUUACCCUCCAAGUCCCAAGGAAAAAACAGUCAAACCUGAGACGGCCAUCUUGCUUAUUCUUUGCCCUCUGUUAUCAAACUGAAUUGUGGCAAAAGGUGUGCGGUCCUCAUCAACAUAAACUGAACUGAGUGAUCUCCCUUACGGGGGUUGAGCGAGGACACUGUUCACGUGAUUAUAAUGGGACUCAAGUAAUGGGCGCGAGUGUGCCAGGAUUGUAGCCAAUAGCCAUGUAGUUUCCACAAUCUGCUCGGUACGAGUAUGACAAAUAAUGGCAAGGAUAUAAAACAUUGCCCUUUUGAUAUAGCAAUUGUUUUAUGGCUUGAUCCCAAACAAAAAGAGUAGUACACUUGACACGCGCACAGAGGCUUCACCUUGGAGAGAAUCUACGACUCCAAUGAACCUUAGUACUGCAGGUGGUGAUGUAAUGUAGCUCUGUAUGCAACGAAUGGGCCAAACACACAGGCAACCGACUGUUCUUAUUAAUCCAUAAUACAUCGUACGACUAUAAAGAAGCUGGGACACGAGUACCCCUGAGCAAGUUGCUUUGGCCAAUCAUUAAAAACAACAACACACUGAAAUCCAAUCUGAAAUGGGAGAGGUGGACUCCGGACUCGCUAGCUCAGCAUUCUCUUCAGACUCUGGGGAAUUGUUUUUUUUUCUUCUCUCACCCCAAAAUGUAAAACCUUCCCGGUGCUGUUUUACUCCUGAUGUUGGCGUGUCCUACCAGAUGUAUCUUUCCAAGACGUUUUUUUUAAGCUCUUUCAUUUGACUCAUUUUGUCGUAACAUGUAAAAGGGACACGCAUACAAAACAGUAUUUUUCCUGAAGUGUUGACUUCCUAUUAAGAAGUGUGUAUUGAAAAAUACAUGUUUAUGUACUAUGACGAUGACAAAAGUACUGCAACUGUCACGCAGUGACUUCUCCAAAAACUAUAACUGCCAAUAGUAAGCUAAACAGGGGGGACUCUACUCUUCGCAUUUUCUCACAGAAAGCUGUACCAACCUAUUGCUGUACCAUUCCAGUUUUCUGCUUUUCGUAUAGUUUAUCGGGGAGUAUAUGAAACAAACAUCUAAAAUGUAAAUGUAUAUAUGAAUAUAUUUUUGCAGUCAUAUGUUUUGACAUUGUACACGCUGGAAUGUUUGGCCCGGUAACUGGUUUGCAUCCUUUAAUUCUUGUCAUGAAGUUACGGCGUCCAUAUUAGGACACAUCCCCAGUCUCUGCAGGAGUUGUCUGUCAAGUCCUGCAAAGACUGAGGCUGUCCUAAUAUGGACACCGUAUUAAGGCAGUGGGUUGGAGCCUAGAAAGACCUCCCCGUUGACUGUGUGGUGGGCUGUGUCGGCGUUACACGUGUGUAACAGUAUAUUUUGAUAUGAUUCUGUCUAUAUGUGGGUUGCGGGGUGUCUUGUCCACGACGUUGAAGUUUGCUGGCACUUAUACAAGUGACAACCCCUCCCCUUUCCCACAGAAACAAUGUGUGCCUUCCACUGCUUUUGGUUGAUUUUCUAUACUGGAUACAAUAAACUAUACUUUCUGCUUCAAA